UGAAUUUCUUCUCCGAAACUCAGGCCCCUAGUUUCAGACAGACAGAGAGCUUAGCAGCUCCAGUUUGUGGCUCCUCCACAGGUGGCAAAUCCUUCAAAUUACAUAUUGCACCUUUAACUCCCAGAUGUUCCCAUAGGUGAUGUUAAGUUGGUUCUCUACAUUUACAGUUCCCCAUAAAUGUGCUUCAUUGCACACCAUAGCUUGAGCAAAGAUUUGUGCACCAUCAGCCUGAGUAAAUUCUUUUUUCUCUCUUUUCUUUUUGCAUUCUUUCUAGAUUGGGCUCCGUACCAAUUGAUUUCUAUGAAGGCACCUUAAUUUUUAAGCUCUCUUGGUUUGCACUUAAAUCCUUUGAAUUGAACCAAAACCCACUAUGAAGGCGGUGGUUGGUUGAAGAUGCCCAUUCAUACAAAUUAUGGAAACGUGUUGCAGCGCCCAUGUGUAUGUACAGCUGCACCCUUUCCCCGCUGCGACUGGGCUCGGAGAAAACGCAAACGCAUCACGUUCCCCGCUCAUUACGCGCGCGCUCCAUGGAUAACUGCAUGCAAUAAAUGACAGUUUUGAACAACCGAGGCUGUGGCGAAGAGAGGCUUGCUUUGUAAAUGUUCUCUGUGUGAUGAAUGCCGGUGGAGGAGUGGGUGAAUUUACAGCGCUUGUUGUUGCGGGGAGCGUCGCGCACGGACCUGCUGCGCUGAGCGUGUUCAGGUGCGUCGCGCUCAGGACGGAGCACACAGAGCAGCUUUCUCCUCGCCGAGGGACGCUUCAUCUAAAACGUCACAGCAGUAUUCAACAUCCUGUUAAUCGUGUCAAAGUUCGGAAAGAACAUGUCUGCAGCGAUGAAUUGGACACAAGACGUAAUAACUUUGAUCUGCCUGCUGUUUCUUGAACUGCCACAGAUUGAGAUGGCCAGUGGGAAAGUCUUGGAGGAGACUUAUCUGAAGUGGGUCCAGUACAAAGAAGACUGUGUGAAAAUGAUAGAAAACGAGCCGCUCAGUCAAGUGGGCUUGUUCUGUAACAGGACGUUUGACAGAUACGCCUGCUGGCCAGAUGCUCCUGCCGGCUCUGUGGUCAACAUUUCAUGCCCCUUCUACCUGCCGUGGUAUGAAAAAGUGUCCCACGGUGUUGUGCUUCGACGGUGUGGCACUGAUGGCCUCUGGGAGAGAGAUGACAGCGGGCAGGUGUGGAGAAACAUGACCCAGUGCGAGGAGGAAAAAGAGGUCACAUCUCAGGAGCUGUGGUUCAAGCAAAUGAUGGUGAGCUUCAGGACGCUGUACACUGUCGGCUACUCCUUGUCCCUCUUCACACUCACAACGGCUCUCAUCAUUCUCCUGGGCUUCAGGAAGCUGCAUUGCACCAGGAACUACAUUCAUGUAAACCUCUUCCUGUCGCUCAUCCUGCGAGCUGUAUCUGUCAUCAUUAAGGACACCAUGCUGGAACGCCACUGGGGAAGAGAGAUCAUGAAGCAGACUGACGUGAAAGAGAUGCUCAGUCAUCAGGCUGCUAUUGGCUGCAGGAUAGCACAGGUGAUGAUGCAGUACUGUAUCCUGGCCAAUCACUAUUGGUUCUUUGGAGAGGCCAUUUAUUUGUACUCUGUGCUCAUCGCCUCGGUGUUCAUCGACAGCACCAAAUACUUACCCUACAUCUGUCUUGGCUGGGGAACCCCACUUCUCUUUGUGGUUCCCUGGGCAGUGAUGAAGCUAUAUAAAGAAAACAAAGAGUGUUGGGCCUUCAAUGAGAACAUGAACUACUGGUGGAUCAUUCGUUUCCCAAUUCUUUUUGCUUCAAUUAUCAACUUUCUGAUUUUCAUGAAGAUCCUGAAGGUCAUUCUUUCCAAAUUACGAGCCAACAACCAGAGUGAAUACGCGGAUUACAAACUUCGGCUUGCCAAGGCAACGCUUACCCUCAUCCCUUUAUUCGGGAUUCAUGAGAUCGUAUUCAUCUUUGCUACAGACGAGCAGACAACAGGCAUUCUGCGCUACAUUAAGGUCUUCUUUACCCUUACUCUCAAUUCAUUUCAGGGCCUUCUGGUGGCGGUGCUCUACUGCUAUGCCAAUAAAGAGGUGAGGACAGAGCUCAAGAGGAAGUUACGUAGCUGGAGGAUAGAGGCUGAGAUUACAUGCUGUGGACAGUGACUAGGCAUGCAUGAGUCUCGAGUAGACACUUUCUCCAUCACCACGGGGCCAGAGCGCAACAGAUCCUCUGGCACCAUGGCAAGGCCACUACCAGAUGGUUCCCCUACUCCUGAGAGCUCACUCGUUUUUAGACGUCAAGUUCAGCCGACUUCCCCACAGCCUGAUGAGUCUUUGCCGCACUGUCCAUCGUCGGAAAAUAGAGACAACACCCUGCAGCUUGGGGAUCAAGAUGGCAUCGGACAGUCAUCUGUAGCAAUGCAGGUGUCCUUCAUCAUUCAUCUUCAAGACCCUGUAGAGGCACUCCCACAUGCUGUAAAUACAGAUUCAGACUGAAUACAUUCUUGCAUUCACUGUAAUUGUUUGAGAAUAUUUGUGGUAUGUUGUGAAUAUGUUAAAUUGUGAAUAAGUCAUUGUUACUAUGUAUGAUAUAAAAAUUGUGAAUACGUGAAAGGA